AGUAGUAAGAAGACUGAAAAGGAGCUCGAUGGAAGGUCGGCAAUGGAAGAAGAAGAAAUGUAAGAAAGAACUGAACGCAUCUAAAUGCUGGACUGUUCAACGUCGUUCUUCGAAGGGCUUGGUUGAGGACGGGAGUGAAGAGGGUGGUGUUGGAACCAGGCUGGUGUCUCAAUCAGCCAAGCAGGUUGGGGCACCUUGGACCCCUGUGGGUGGAAGAUAGAAGUAUUUAAAUGUAUCAGUAAACUUCUCAGCUUGGGCCAGUAGACUAGUAGAAGGGGAAAGAAACGACGCGCGCAGCUUCUCGACACAGCGGGGUAAGCCGUCACAACUCAAUCUAAGUAGUGCCUCGGUGAUCGUAUGUUUAUUAGUUUCUCUUUUCCUUUCUUUCUGUAUAUUAUUCCUUUCUAGUGUAUUAUGAUUUCUUAACACGAAAUCGUAAUUUUUAAAUCAUUCACAAAUUAGCUAUAUUUGGAAUUUUAAAUUUUAUUUUUCACGGCUGUUGUCACAAAACAAUGUGAUUAUUUAUAAGUCCAAAAUAAGAUUUAAAUUUGAGUAUAAAGUAAAGUUGAUGAUCACUGAGGGUCUAUAGGGCUGACCAUCUGUCCCUCGUUGCCACGUCUGCAACGUCUUGGUGGUCCAUUUUGGGGCUGGUGCGCAACAGCAUCGGCAUUAACGCUGGCAAUGAAGCGCUCUCAGAAAGAUGUCACGUUGGUUCGACCGCUUAAACAUACUCUUGUUGAGUAUGAUAUUAUUUAGUACAAUAAUGUGGAAUACUGUGAAAAGUUCGAUAAUAAGGUGUGAAGAAGCAAAACUAAAAUGCGCCUUCAGAACAGGCUGUGGUACUGCUCUACAACAUUAUUUUACAGGCUGUGCACCCAUUCUUGAAGAUAAUGAUUGUUCCGAGAGCUGUCAACAUGCCCUUAUUGCUCUUACAAGUACCGAUGAGGGCAAAGAACUUAUGACGUGUGAAUGUGAAAACGAAUUAUGCCUACAAUCAAAACAAAGAGUAGAAAUAUGUAGAUCAUCUGUAACAAUGGCAAUGAAUAAGACAAGAAUAUCUUGCAGAAUAGCGACUUGGAUUUGUAAUGCAGAUGCUCUUUGUCAAACUGCACUUGCAUAUUAUAAUAAAUAUUGUAAAAGUAUGUUUCAAGGACGGAAAUGUACUCGACGAUGUAGAAACUCGAUAAAUAUUUUGACAAGACAAGAAAAAGCUGCAAAAUUAAAUACAUGUCAAUGUGAUGGUUUUGAAGAAUAUGAUUGCAAAGGAAUUCAUAGAAAUAUGAAUCUUCUUUGUUUUGGAAAAAUACAUCACAGUUAUCGUGAUGUUAAUGUUGAAGAUGAUAGAAGAAAUAAAUUUUUGACACCAAAUACAAGUCUUAGAGGAGAUGGUGUUCAAAUAUUAGUGAACAAAAAAUUAUUUUUAUUUUCCUUAAUAAUUUAUCAUAUUCUUAAAAUAAAACAAGACUGAUUAGAAAAAAUGCAGAAAAUUUCCAAAAAGCAACAGUAUUCCAUGAAACCAAUAACCAAAGAUCUUUAUUAACUUUUUAAUUAUCAUUAUAUGAACAAUUUAAUGAUGGGAUUAAUGGAUUACUUAUUAUAAAUAAUUUAGCAGUUAAUUAAUACAUAAAAUUUAUUCGUACAUUUAUUGUUAAAUUUGUACAAAUGG